ACAAAGUAUUCAAAAUUGAAUCACCAAAACUUUUGGACCAAAACCAUAAAAUGUUGCCAACAAAGGACUAUUUUUGCAAUUUUGUCAAUAUUUACCAAACAUUUUAUAAUUUUUUUUAACGGCCAAACACCCCUUGAUAUCUUUAUAGUUUAUGUUAUCAUAAAGACAUAAACUCAAACCUAAUUCUCAGCUUCUCGCCGUCUUCGUCUUCCAAAACCCUCGCCGUGUUCUUUUCAAAAACCCUCCUCUCCUUAACUCUCCCUGCUUCUUUCUUUCAUUUGAAUCACCUCUACAGAGAUGAGGCCAUUAGACGAAGCCGAGACGACUCAAGUAUUCGAGAAGCUAUUCAAAUUCACAGGCAACAAUCUCAAGAACCUCGUCGAUUCUCCAUCACACGAAGGCCCAGAUCAAAACCCAGGUCGCUAUUGCUUCCGUCUCCACAAGAACAGAGUCUAUUACGUCUCGGAGUCACUAGUCAAACGCGCCACCAACGUGAAGCGAGAAAACCUCGUCGCCAUGGGGACCAACAUCGGCAAAUUCACAAAAAGCGGCAAGUUCCAUCUCACGAUUCAGGCCUUGAAUCUGUUGGCUGCUAAUGCGAAGCAUAAAGUGUGGCUAAAACCCACUUCGGAGAUGUCGUUCUUGUACGGGAACGAUGUCGUGAAAGGUGGGUUAGGCAGGAUUACUGAUAACAUCAAUGCGUAUGAUGGGGUGGUUGUGUUUUCUAUGUCGGAUUUGCCUUUGGGAUUUGGGAUUGCUGCGAAAUCGACUCAGGAUUGCAGGAAGAUGGACCCUAAUGGGCUUGUGGUUAUUCGCCAGGCUGAUACUGGGGAGUAUUUGAGGAAUCAAGACGACCUUUGAAGAAGAAUUAAGAGCCCAAUGUUUGGUAAGUGCGAGUUAUUGGGCAUUGUUUGUAUGUGCUACCUCAUGAUUAUGAUAUGAACUUGAUAAAAAAGUUAUUAUCUUGAUUUAGUUUUGCAAGUUAGUCACUUGUUCUUUUUGGGUAUCAAAGGAGUUGAGUAUCUAAUUAACAAUUAUGGAUUAUGAUAUUGUUGAUGAUUAAUGGUAUGAUCGUAUAAGUCAA